CCAAGUUUCAGUACCUGAUUUUUAUACGAAGAAGGACCAACCAAAGAAUGUGAUCUACUGUGUACAAUCUCCGGAUCAUCAUAAACAAGCUCACUCAUAUGUGCUGGAAACACCACAUUCUCAGACAUUCUAUUACUUGUUUCAUUUGAGGCCAGACAAGGAGGCGAACUAAACACAUCAGAGAAAUCAAGUUCAACCUGCUCUGAAGGAACCAUACCGGGAGCACUCAGUGGUAAAAAUUGUUGGUGGAAGGAUUUUUGCAGGUUUGCUUUAGUCGGAGCAAAGAGUUGAGAAGAAACCAUGUUUCAGCAGCUCUUUGAUGGACGUAGAUGGCUAAAUAUUAAUACUACGGUCUCAAGGAAUAUUGAUUUGGUCUAUGGAGGAGGCAGCAUAGGCCUAAUGGGCUUGGUUUCACAAGCAGUUCAUGAUGGUGGUCGCCAUGUUAUUGGAGUCAUUCCCAAGACACUCAUGCCUAGAGAGAUAACUGGUGAAACAGUAGGAGAAGUGAAGGCUGUUGCAGGUAUGCAUCAAAGGAAAGCAGAGAUGGCGAGGCACUCUGAUGCUUUUAUUGCCUUACCAGGUGGUUAUGGAACUCUUGAGGAGCUGCUUGAAGUGAUAACCUGGGCGCAAUUAGGCAUCCACGACAAGCCGGUAGGAUUGCUGAAUGUGGAUGGGUAUUACUAUUCAUUGUUGUCAUUUAUUGACAAAGCUGUUGAGGAAGGUUUCAUCAGCCCAAAUGCGCGCCACAUCAUUGUAUCAGCACCAUCGCCAAAGGAGCUAGUCAAGAAACUGGAGGAAUAUGUCCCUUGCCAUGAAAGAGUUGCUUCUAAGUUGAGCUGGGAGACCGAACAACUUGGCUACCCUCAAGCUCAAGAAAUUGCAAGAUGAAAGCUGGAUUUGCAGCGUAGUAUUAUGCGUUAGGACAUGAAAUUAAAAUAUCGAAUUAUUGGAACAAGCUAACCUUAACAUUCUUGAUUUUGUUAUGGGGAAGGGUGUUCCUUUUUGUUUUUCACCCUGUAAAUCACUCUAGAAAUGACAAACAUAUCUCAUCCCCCCCUUGUUCCCUUCAAGUAGAAUUUUCCUUAUUUAAUGUAAGCUGUAACUAUUAAGAUAUGCAUAUGGUUUUCUUCUCUAA